GGGGGGGGGGUUGAUUGACAAGUGGCAGCAUCAUGGCGGAGCCGCGGGACGGGGCGGCGAGCGGCAGCAUCAUGGCGGAGCCGCGGGACGGGCCGGGCCCACGGGCGUUCUUGGACGAGACCGUGCGUAUCUUUAAGGAGACUUACCCGGGCAGCGAGCCAACGAUCGCCGUGGCGGCUCCAGGCAGAGUCAACCUCAUCGGAGAGCACACGGAUUAUAACCAGGGAUACGUGUUGCCCAUGGCUCUCCCAAUGGUCACCUUGGUGGUCGGCUGUGUAACCACAGAUGGAAUCAUUUCAUUAUGUACCUUGGCCAAGGAAGCAGAUGAUCCAAAAUACGUGGAAUUUCCUGUGGCAUCAGAAGGAAAUGUUUUGACCCCUGGGUUACCUAAAUGGGCUAAUUAUGUAAAAGGAGUUGUUCAGUAUUACCGAGCAGGCCCACUCCCUGGCUUCAAAGCAGUAACGGCAAGUAACGUCCCAUUGGGCGGAGGGCUGUCCAGUUCAGCAUCCUUGGAAGUGGCCAUCUACACCUUCCUACAACAGAUCUGUCCAGAUGACGGGGAUUUAGUGGAGAAGGCCCUGGCCUGUCAGAAAGCAGAGCACACAUUUUCCUUUGUGCCCUGUGGAAUCAUGGACCAGUUUAUCUCGGUGAUGGGAAUAGCCGGUCAUGCCUUGCUGAUCGACUGCAGGUCUUUGGAAGUGACCCCUGUGCCCAUCAGUGACCCCAGCCUGGUGAUCCUCAUCACAAACUCCAACAUACGACACCACCUGACGGGCAGUGAGUACCCAGCCCGACGUCAGCAAUGUUUGGAGGCUGCCAAGGCACUUGGGGAGGAAAGUCUACGCGAUGUUUCAAUGGCUGAAUUGAAAGCUGCGAAGGCUUCUCUGGAUGCUGAGGUGUACCGCAGGGCCCAUCACGUGAUCAGUGAAAUCAAACGGACAACCGAGGCGGCUGAAGCCCUGAAAUCCAGGAAUUACCGGGAGUUCGGGAAACUGAUGGUGCAGAGCCACAAUUCACUGAGAGAUGAUUAUAAUGUCAGUUGCCGGGAGCUGGACGAGUUGGUUGCCGCAGCAAUGGAUGGUGAUGGUGUCUAUGGCAGUCGGAUGACCGGAGGAGGCUUCGGAGGUUGUACGGUUACCUUAUUGGAAGCUACAGCUGUGGAGAAAACGAUGCAGCGAAUUAAGGACAAAUACAGUGGGACUCCAGCGUUUUACAUCACGACACCUUCCAGAGGUGCUCACGUACUGCAGCUCUGAGGAGAGAUCGAAGGAUUCACCAGCCAUUGAUCAGACCAUCCAGACAUCAACUUAAUCCACAAACCAGCCUCAUCUGAUCCCUGGCCCUGAAGUAUUACCGUAAAGCAGCAAGAGAGAAACAGGUCAUGUUCCGCAUUACUCGGUGGUCAUCCCCUCAGCAGUUGAUAGACGAUGGGUGGAAAGAACUUGAAACUGCCCACCCCUGGCCCCAAGCCACGAGGGCUGCCUCAGGGUCUACGCUCUGCCAUAACUCUUGGCUACAGAGUUGUGGAUGGGCUGCCACCCCCGCUAUAUCGAUAGCAGUCCUCUUGCCAGUGCCUGGCUCUCUCCCAAGCCUGGUUUGCAGAAGCAGCACUGGAGCGACUGAACGCAUUAAGGGUGGCAGAACCAAGGCAGGUAAAGGAAAUACAGAUCAGCACUGAUCUAAUUGAAUGGCAACGAUGUUCAGGGGGCUGAAUGGUUUUCUUCCAUUGAACCCCCUCGUUUUGCAUUGGGCAAGGCUUCACACAGUACUGGCACUAUUCCUUGAUGCUUCAGUAGCCUUGUAAUGCCUUGUUUUGGGAAUUUAUUCUUACUGGGGUAACGCCACACGUACUAUAUAUUAUAUGAACCAUGUAGGUAUAAUUUUCGAGUGAGCCAAGACAUUGAGAGUUAGCAAGGCUUUUAAUGCCAUAGAGCAAGAUAUUAUCACAUAGCCUUCCACAGCUCACUGCAUUUUGACUGGAAACACUAGGAACUGGUUUUCUGAGUGGGCUGUGUCAUUUUCCACUGUGCCAGUGAGGAAAUAUUUAAUUGUGGUGAACCUCGAUCAGUAAUGUGCUCUUUAGAAUGAGGGGAGACUGUUACUAAUUGGUAUAAUUUGCUACAAUAUUACUUCUGUUGAAUCUUGGUGAAGUUUAGGGAACAUUUUCCUGAGAUCCCACAACACAACUGUCCUCCCAGAUACCCUACUUUCACAGGAGAGUGUCCUGAUGACGCUUUUACUGUGCAAAUGCUUCAUGUAGGGGUUUGAAACGCAUUGCUUUUAUAAACUGAUGUAUUUUAAUCCCUUACCUUUUGGCAUAUAUACAAAGGGCACUUCUUUGGAAACGCUGGGCAGAGUCUCAGAUGUGACAGCUUUAUAUCGGCAGGACCAAGCGUAGAUUAGGUGACCAUUUCACCGAACACUUGCACUUGGUCCGCCAAGGCCUGCUGGAUCUCCUGGUUGCUAACCAUUGUAACUCCCCUUCCCAUUCCCAUACCGACCUUUCUAUCCUGGGCCUCUACCAUUGACAGAGUUAGGCCACUCACAAACUGGAGGAACAGCACCUCCUCAUAUCCCGCUUGGGUAGCUCACAACCCAACAAUAUGAACAUUGAAUUCUCAGUUUUGGGUAACAAAUGAAUAGUGAGUUUUGUUUUUGCAGAUAUUAAAAAUUGACACUUAACAGGUCAGACAGAAGUACUUAUCGCAUUUUUUGUUUUACUUUUAAGCAGUUUAUUUUAUUGCUCUUCACUAAAUAUUCUUGAGAAGCUUCUUUCUUGAAUCACAAGAAUCAUCCAAUGUGCAAGGUCAGUCAGUGGAGAGUUUUCUUUCCCUUGACGCCAGCUUUAUCAGCGGUGUCUUGAUAUCAAAGGAAUCACUCUCAUGUCAUGGCUAGAAUUCAACUCUUUUGCCCAUUUUUGUUGAGGCUCUGUAAUGUGAUUUAGAACCUAAUAGCUUUGGCAAAGCAGCAAUGAGCAAUGAGGUCUGCUCGAGUGCUAUAUUAUUAUCUGACCUGUUCAUUGCUGUAGAUAUAAUAAUCUCACACCUGCUAUUGAGACGCGGGCUUUGGUUGUCAGUCAUCCUUCCAGCCAGACACAAAUGCUCCUGGCUGGUGUUGCUGGGACAUAAAGCCAGCUGUGCCCAUCAGGGGGACAAAAUACUGCAGAAAUCAAAAAAGAAUGCAGAAGUUGGAAAUCUAAAAUUAAAACAAACUGAUGGAGACACUCAGCAGAUCAAGCCACGUCAGUGGGAAGAGACCCUUUGCCACAGUGACGUACGUGAUGUAUACUGCUUCAUAUAAUCAACUGUACCCCGUUCUUGAUGCAUAUUCUCCCAAUCAGCAAGGUGAGUUAGUCCUAAGAAGCUUCAUCACCACCCAUAUUGCUUGCUUUUCUUAAUGCCCGCACAGCUCUGGAUAAUCUUCUUCCUUGUCUUGAACAACAUUUGGAGCUGAUUACAUUUAGGCCAGGGGAACAUCUCAUGGAGGAGAGGGGGUGGACAAGUAGUUUCUGUGAGAUUAUCUGGCACUGGCUUGCAUUGGAGUAUCGAGAAAGUGUCCUAUCAUGUUGCUGAAGUUCUCGAGCCGUGGAAUUACCCGUUCAAUAUUGGAUAUAGAUCUCCCUCAGGUGCCCCUGAGUUUCAUGAAAUGGCCACAGGAAAUUCUCCAAUAACAGCAAAGCAUGAUUUCCAGUCCGACUUUCUCCACACAGACCUAGUUUUUCCUGAAGCUCAGGAAUUGAAUUCUGCAUCAGCCACAUAGUGCUGUAUCUUGUUGCUGCCCACUGUCGGACAGCUUUGGACAGGUGAUCUGCGAGCAUUUUUUAGCAAAGAACGCUACAAGAUCUUUGUUUUUUAGUAGCCUCUCCAGUCUCUGCAAUUUCAGAAGCUGCUCCUGUUGUAUCAUUGAAAGCCCUGCCAUACACAUGGUCUUAACAGCGCUAUAUUAUUGUCCUGAUUUUCUUAUCCAGAAGAAAAUGUUUACAUUUGCCUGGUUAAAUGCAAACUUUCUCACCAACUGCUUUAAAGUUUCACACCUGAAGUUUUUGCAAGUUUUAGUACAGUAUCCUCAACCUGAAACAGUGGUGCUGAGGCAUUGAGUGUAAAAUGUGCAGUGAUGCAGUGACAUUAUUGUUAGUUAUUCUCACACUCACAUUCUUCAGUCCAUCUCCAAUCUGAGAAACUGGUUCUUUCCCCCUUAGAUCACAUCACAUCACAUCACCCUCUUGAAAUCGCUAUUUACUAACUAGUUUUUUUUUACUCUCCAUCCCUGCUUUAAAAUGAGAACCUCUCUCAGCGAGACUUGAGAACGCAGACGCCUUAACCCUACACCUUACACUGAGUUUUCUUCUUGGGGUAAUUGUAACAAUGCCAGAAGUACGUUUGGGAAACGGUGAGGGCGGUAGGUUUGAGGGCAGCACGGUGGCCCUCCAGCGCCUGCAACCCAGGUUCGAUCUUAACUGCGGGUGCUGUCUGUAUGGAGUUUGUACGUCCUCCCCGUGACCUUCGUGGGUUUUCUCCGAGAUCUUCGGUUUCCUCCCACACUCCAAGGACGUACAGCUAUGUAGGUCAAUUGGCUCGGUAUAAGUGUAAAUUGUCCCUAGUGUGUGUAGGAUAGUGUUAAUGUGCCGGGAUCGCUGGUCGGUGUGGACUCAGUGGGCCAAAGGGCUGUAACUGUAAACUAAACUGUUGCACACACAGAGCAGCAAAAAGAUGUAUUAAUAGUAUAUUUAUAAAGUUCUAAGCCAACCCAGCCUGAAUUGACUCAAGUCUGAAUGCAUCCUGCAGAACGUGCCUCCACGACUAGGUUUCCUUUGGAGUCUCUGAUUAGCCCCACCUCUCCCCUCAUACUUUUCCCGUGUAGAAUAUUUUUGGAUUAACCCGUUUAUGGUUCCUCCCAGCCUUUUUUUCCUACACUCUCAUUUCCUUUUCUUACUUCUCCUUUGAACAUUCUGUAACCAGCCCCGCUCUUCUUUGUGUUCUGUUUUGCUGUCUCUCUUCAUGGAAACUUCAAUUUUGCUUCACUUCUCCCUCUUGGGAAUGCACCUAAACUGCGGUUGAAACAUCCCCUCCAGAAAGACUGCAGGGGAGGGGAAUAUCUCUGAUCGGUUGAAACCAUGAUGAUAACCCCGGAGAUAAACUGUAAAGGGGGUUAUCUGAUCAGUGGGUGAAAGGGAGCAGCUGGAGAGUGAGAACAUCAAUGAAAGAAUGUCAGAGUAUAAAAUGCAGAGCAGAACGACACGCCCGCCAUGACAGGCUACAGUCAUCUUCCAAUCCCAGAGACAAUAAAAUAAAUAAGCUCUGCAAAUAUUAGAGAUGGACGGCUGAUACAUGUAGAAAUCAAGUCAGCAGAAGUUGCAUGAUUCCAUAUUGAGUGCAUAAAGCUCUAAUGUUCCCAGGCAGAAGGCGGGGUGCUGCCUCAAGCUUGCAUUGGGGCCUUGUAACAAUGCAAAUCAUGGGUCAGAAUUGAGUGGGGAAUUGAGGUGCAGGCAAGCGGAAACUCAGGCACUGUGCGAAACUAUGGUGAAUCUGUGGAAUUUGUUUCCACAGACGGCUCUGGAGGCCAAGUCAAUGGAUAUUUUUAAGGCAGAGAGAGAUAUAUUCUUGAUUAGUGCAGGUGUCAUGGGUUAUGGGGAGAAGAAGGCAGGUGAAUGGGGUUAGGAAGGAGAGAUAGAUCAGCCAUGAUUGAAUGGUGGAGCAGACGAUGGGCCGAAUGGCCUAAUUCUGGUCCUGUCACAAAUGAACAUGAAAGUCACCCAAUCUGCAUUUGAUUUCCCAAGUACAGAGGAGGCCACAUUGUGAACAUUGCGGUUCACUAGGUUGGACUAGUGCAAGUGAAUGGCUGCAUCUUGCCAUCAUUCAACAGUGAAUUAUCCAUCUGAAUUAGCUCAGCCUGUUUUCCCUUCGCCUCUGGGAGUGGAGAACAUCCCCAGCCUGACCAGCUGGCUAUUUUUUCACAUUUUCUGUUCUUUUUUAUUUUAGAUUUUCAGAACCUGUAGUUUUUCUUUGAUUUUGAUUCGAUUUGGUCCGGAUCUCUCCCUAUCCCUUGAGAUUGGUCCUUUUUCAGUUGACUAAUUUUAUCUUGGAAUAAUCUGUAACCGUGUUAUUGCUUCUUUCUGGAUGUUCCCCUAAUGUUAGUUGCUCCACGUGGACUAAUGGAAGUAAUAAUGGCGCAUUUUAAAAUGCCAGUAUUUUUUUACGGAGAUGCUCAAUUGAAGUACUGUAUGCCUUUGGGUGCCUUGAAGGAUUUAUUCUCUGCAGCUAGUAUUGAUUGUGAUGUGGAGAAUGUAGAUCGUGCCCACACAUGACCCAUUCGCUACCUUUUCCCCGGUGUUGGGGAAACAGGAGGACCGUGAACUUGGCAGCAGCCAUGUGAGCUAUGGCCAAGGUCAUGCGUUGUAGGCUGCACUGUACUGCAUGCAGUGUGGGCUUGGACAAGGGCAUGUGUCCUGUGGGAGUGCAAAAUCUACAUGCUUUUAACAUCUAUUCAAAAACACUGAAAAUGUUAUAUUUUAGUUAUAUAGGACAUUUAAUAAAUCAAUAAUUGCAAUAUGCUUUGAAGCAGCCAAUAUCAAUGGGAAAUGAAUGGCUUUUAAUAAAUGGUCUAUUUUAAAUGAUA